UCCUCCCGCCAGUGACCACGUGGUGGCGGGAGAGCUCCCAACACCGCCGAUAAUCCUCAGAGAAGAAGAACGGAGUCACUGCAAGAUCAGCUGAGUGCUGUUGGUCUCGAGCUCCAAAACUAUCUUCAAAUCUUCACACAAACUUUUAUCAAACUUCCGGAACCAGAAGAUUUCAGCGGGGUUUCCUCGUGGAGAGAGCCGGGAAGAAGUAGCGGAACUCGGUGAGUUUAGCGGCGUCUCCCGAUGAGAUGUUUGUCCUGAGACGUUGUGCUGCUCUGAGACCUCGUAUCUCCAGACUGACUCACUCUUUACCCACUCUGACCCUGUUCACUAAGGAUCCGUGUCCUCUGUGUGAUGAAGCUAAAGAAGAGCUGGAACCUCUCAAACACAGUUUUGUCCUGCAGGUGGACAUCAGUCUCCCAGAGAACAGCGUCUGGCGAGACAGGUAUAGGUGGGACAUACCUGUCUUCCAUCUGAACGGUCAGUUUGUGAUGAAACAUCGAGUAAACGUCGUCCUGCUGGACAAACUGCUGCGGGACGCCGAGACAUCACCGUGACGACGGACACCCUGACAUCACCGUGACAACAAUAAACGAGUCUCCAUCAUCAAACAUUUUAACACGUUUAUUAUAAUUUAGGACAGAAAUGAUCUGAUAAAUAAACAUGUCAAACAUCUUCA